AUGGCCUUCUGCAUGUCAGAUCGCUCCACGAGUCAAGCACCACCCUCCACCCAUGCAGUCGAUCCCCCCUUCCCUUCUCCCACUCUCCCUCAGCACGCAAAUCCGCCCUCGAGCCUCGAGCAGGAACCAACUCGUAUCUUAUUACCCACGCCCGUACAUGCAGAUAAUAUAUCAGCGGUCCAGACCGCCCGAACCCUUACCUCGCCGUCCUGCCCCCAGGAAAAACCCCUGCGCUGA